AUGGAAGAGAGUAGCACGCUCUUUUUCAAAAAAAACACUUUGCUGAUUGCAGCAUCAUUGAAGGAUUUCCCCAGGGAAACCGCAGGCGACACCUAUUUAAACCCCAACCCCGGCCACAGUGCGACGCGCGCACUCGCUUGCCGCAGAGCAGACCACGCCCGCGUCUUCGACAUGGACAGGCCCAGCCACCCGCUCGCUCUGCUUCCCUUGCUCCUCUGCCUCUGCCUCGCCUCGCUCCGUGCCGGCUCCGCCGCGUCGGUCACCGCCGGCACCCCCGACGGCUCGGAGCGGUGGGGGUACGUCGAAGUCCGGCCAAAGGCUCACCUGUUCUGGUGGUACUACAAGAGCCCGCAGAGGACGUCGGCGCCGGGGAAGCCAUGGCCGACCGUCCUGUGGCUGCAGGGUGGCCCGGGCGCGUCGGGCGUCGGCCUCGGCAACUUCCUCGAGGUCGGCCCGCUGGACGUCAACCUGAAGCCGCGCAAUUCGACAUGGCUGCAGAAGGCCGACCUCAUCUUCGUGGACAACCCGGUCGGCGUCGGGUACAGCUACGUGGAGGACGACAGCCUGCUGGUGACGACCGACUGGCAGCAGGCCGCCGACGCCACCACGCUGCUCAAGGCGCUGGUCAAGGAGCUGCCCGCGCUGCAGAGCGGCCCGCUGUUCCUGGUCGCCGAGUCCUACGGCGGCAAGUACGCCGCCACGCUCGGCGCCUCCGUCGCCAGGGCCGUCCGCGCCGGCGAGCUCAAGCUCACCCUCGGAGGUGUCGCGCUCGGAGAUAGCUGGAUCUCGCCGGAGGAUUUCACGCUCGCGUACACGCCGCUGCUCCUGAGCGUGUCGAGGCUGGACGACAACGCCGGCGACGAAGCGAAAAGGAAGGCGGAGACCGUGACACGGCAGAUCGCGGCGGGGCAGCUCGCGUCGGCGCAGGGCUCGUGGACCGACCUUCUGGAUCUCAUCAGCACCAGGAGCGGCAACGUUGAUGUGUACAACUUCCUUCUCGACAGCGGCAUGGACCCGGUGUCCGCGGACACACCGACGGGCUCGUCGGCGACGGCGAGCAGCGUGCAGGCGCUGAGGUACGCGGCGUACCUCGGUGGCCAGGACUCGGACUCCAACACCAUCGACAGCAUCAUGAAUGGGGUGGUCAAGGAGAAGCUCAAGAUCGUCCCCAAGGACCUCAAGUGGGUGGAGAUCUCCCAGGACGUCUACAACGCGCUGGUCAACGAUUUCAUGAAGCCGAGAAUCGAUGAGAUUGAUGAGCUGCUGUCUUAUGGAGUCAAUGUGACAGUGUACAAUGGCCAGCUCGACGUAAUCUGCUCGACCAACGGCGCAGAAGCAUGGGUUCAGAAGCUCAAAUGGGAUGGUCUGAAGAGCUUCCUGAGCCUGCCAAGGCAAUCCCUAUACUGUGGCCAGAGCAAAGGCACCAAGGCUUUUGUCAGGUCCUACAAGAACCUGCACUUUUACUGGAUUCUUGGAGCUGGGCACUUUGUGCCUGCCGACCAGCCUUGCAUCGCGCUGAGCAUGAUCAGCAGCAUAACCCAAUCUCCAGCCAGUUAGAGGAUUCUACGUGAUAUGCAAAGAUCAAAAGGAGGCUUCAACUUCAAGCAGCUAGGACAAGGAUAUUGCAUCAUUCUUGAAGUACAGUAAAGGUCGCUUACUUGAAAGGCAAUGUAAUUGAUGAUACUUGUGCUUUUUUUCUUAUGCUUUUCAGGGAAAAACGAACACUGAUGUGAUAUAAAAAUGCCUCAUAUUUGAUUCCCCAAACGAAAGGGGAAAAUGCAACCGUUUAUGAUUUCUAA